AUGUUACAUCUGUACCAGCCAUGUCUUGACAUCACCGCUCACUCAGCUUCUACACUCAUCCAUCUCCCUUUGACUCAAAUCUCCCUCCUCCUCAAAGCCUCCAAUGUCCUCGGCAUGCCCCGCGACGGCGAUCCUCUAGACGUCUUUGUUCGGUUCAAGCAGCACGUGGACACGGCCUUUCACUCCCUCCUCCAACCCCACCAGCCACAGUUGCCAUCAGACUCGCAAUCUGAUCUGUCAACCUCCAAAUCACCGGACAACCCUAUUUCUGACAGCUCUAACCACACAGCGCCCCUUGCUCCGGUCACAAUGGACAGCCUGGAAUCGCGCCCACUGGCUCUAGACACCGUCUCAGUUGCAUCAUGGGCUUAUUCGCCAGCAAACCUGCGCCACCUCAGACAGCCUGUUCCGAGUGACCUACCAUCACAAUACGACUCUUCGGUCUUCACCUUUGAGGAUGCUUUUGAAGAUUUGCUCACCGUUUCUCUGGGACGGCCUCUGCCUGACAUCAAAUCCAGAUAUAACCAGAGGCAGCUGCUGCGGCAAAUGUUCUCCAAUGGCGAGCCUACCUGGUUCUGGCUUCGAAGGCUAGAAUCUCAAGGUUUGCUUAGACGACCCACUCGGGAUGAGCUGUACUACCAGCCUCGAAACUUUGGUCUGUUUGAAAACGAUGCCGAACCUGAGUUCCCCAAGUCAAAUUGGAAUGACUGGUCCAAGUUUCACGAAGAGCUUGAUCGAAAGGCUGCCGAAGUGUGGGGAAGUGCUGCUGCAGGUGAACAGUCUGAUAGCCACGGCACCAGCUUCUUCGAUGAAGUGCGCCAGACAUUCAAGCAACUAGAUGAUAGCUUCCACGGGCGUAAUAAGUCGCAGCAAGAGGGCCAUGAAAACCAUCACCAGAAGCGCUUCCCCGAUCACUUUGACGACCUCUUCUCCUCUCUUAGCUCAAGCUUUGCAGAGGGCCACAAGACGUGGGAUACAUUCGUCAAAAGUAUCACGGACAGCAAACCUGUAUCCAUCGAUAGCUCGGCUUCUCCACCAUCCAACUCAAGUGAGGAAAAGGUAUAUGACAACGGAAAUAGGGAGGUUGUAACAAGAGACGAGAAAGUCAACAGUCUUGGCUACUUGACCACGACGGUCACGAAGAAGACGUAUGAUAAGAACGGUAAUGAAAUCGGAGUGGAGACGCACUUUACUAUGCGUCCUGCGGAUAAGACGCAAAAAAAUGAAGCUGGGGGAAGUAAUGAUACCAAUGUUAUUGAGCGAGAAGCAGAUGACCAGCAGACGAAGGAUAAGAAGUCGGGGUGGUUCUGGAAAUAA